CUGCAGAUUUGGCUCAGACAUCAGCGGCUCACUGAGCUCCAGACAGGCGGACACACCGGACUGCGUGACGGGGGAGUUACCGGCUUUAGCAGCACUCUAGCCGCCCGCUCCACCGGCCUCCGCCGCUGAACGGCUCACCUCCGCCCGCCUCCAAAGUCACUCCGGGCUCCAGCUGGCCAACGUCCCGCUGCCGCCCCAUGAGCCGAGCUAGCCGGGCAUCAAAACAAGGACAGUCGCUCCAAGUUAAGCGACGUUUGUGAGGAGCCGGGGGAUCCGACCGCGAGAGGAGACACGGGCCCCGGGAGAGACCGACCGGAGUCGGGGGCCAGGCGACCAGCGAGGGUGGUGUCCGGAACAGCGAGGGGGUAGCCUCCAGCUCCUGGUGGAUUUAUCCCCUGCCAGCUAACGUUAGCCCCGCUAGCUCCGAGCAGCAACAUGGACUGGUUGAUGGGGAAGUCCAAGCCGAAGCCCAACGGAAAGAAGGCGCCGGUGGAGGAGAAGAAGCAGUACCUGGAGCCGGAGUUCACCAAAACCCGGGUGGUGGACUUUGACCUGAAGGAGCUGGUGGUGCUGCCCCGGGAGAUAGACCUGAACGAAUGGCUGGCCAGCAACACGACCACCUUCUUCAACCUCAUCAACCUGCAGUACAGCACCAUAUCCGAGUUCUGCACCGGGGACACCUGCCAGGCCAUGAGCGCCGCCUGCAGCACAACCUACUACUGGUAUGACGAGAAGGGGAGGAAGACGAAGUGCACGGCGCCGCAGUACGUCGACUUCGUCAUGAGUCUCUGUCAGAAGCUGGUGACGGACGAGGAGAUCUUCCCCACUAAAUACGGGAAAGAGUUCCCCAACUCGUUUGAGUCGCUGGUGAAGAAGAUCUGCCGGUACCUGUUCCACGUGCUGGCGCACCUGUACUGGGCGCACUUUAAGGAGACGGUGGCGCUGGACCUGCAGGGCCACCUGAACACUCUGUUUGCACAUUUCGUGGUUUUCGUGCGGGAGUUCAACCUGGUGGACCCCAAGGAGACCUGCAUCAUGGACGACCUGUCCGAAGUACUCUGCAACCCCGCCCCCCUCCCCGCCCCCAGCUCCGCCCCCUCUCCUUCCUCACAAAACCAUGUCACGGAGAGAUGAGCGGGGGCGCCGCGGAGGCCUCUGGGGCGACGGACGACGCCAUAGGAGGAGAGCAGCCUGCCCCCCUCCCUCCCUAAAGCAGGGACCCCCCCAACCAACCAGCCGGAAGCAGAGGGGGGGAGGGUUUUUGGGGGGGUGGGGUAGCAGGGAGGGGGUUUGCCCCGCCAGCAGGAAUUGGCGUGAGUGUCCCUUUUAGAGACAGCCCCCCCCCCCAUCAUCAGUCUAAAGUAGGAAAAUGUUUCGCCUCUAUAUUUUUAUUUUCAUACUUUAUUUUUUUUAGGGUGGGGGGCAGCAUGUCUGUCCGCCCCUCCCCCAUCCUCUGUGUUUCAUCCAGCAAUGGGGGGGGCUCAGCUUUGCUUCGACUUGCUAAUGUAUAGAGGAGGCUCCCUGAGGGAGGGGGGCACACCAGCCAAUCACUGUUCAGAUCGUUUGCUUUGAGGAUUGAAGCAGACAGGAAAAAGCCCCCCCCAUGGAUGAUCAAUGAACUCACAUGAACUCCCGACAGGGGGGGCAUCAGAUCCUUCAGGACAAAGACACAACGCUGUGUCUGCAGGGGGGGGGGGUCGCCCCCGGAAGUGAGGAAGGUGGUUUUAUUUCUACGAGUCCCUUUAAUUUUUUAGACCGGAUGUUUGGAGCAGGGCGGGUUUGUGGGGGGGCGACGCUGUUACAGGUGGUCCGGUCCGCCCAGACCCGAUCCCACGGUUCUGUCAAAGCCUCUGUGUGUGGGGGGGGGGGGUUGCAUUUAAAAUUCUCCUUUUUAUUUAUUUUCCGUUUUUGUUCUUGCAGGGUUCCUCGGUUCUGGCUCAUUUUUAUGUAUUUUAAUUAUUAACUAAGUUAAAAUCUAAUAUUUUAAGCUCUGCGAAUUAUAAUCUAAUAAAAGACAAAUGCCAUCCAGUG